AUGGUAUUCAAUGACAAAGAAGGAAUGAGGAUCGCUUUCGAGGAAGCUAAGAAGGGUUACGAAGAAGGUGGGGUUCCAAUUGGUGGAGCUUUAAUUCAUGAAGAUGGAACUGUAUUAGGUCGUGGUCACAACAUGAGAUUCCAAAGUUCUUCAGCUACUUUACACGGUGAGAUUUCUACAUUAGAAAAUGCUGGUAGAUUAAAAGGAAGUAUUUACAAAAAAUGUACGAUGUACACCACGUUGUCGCCUUGUGAUAUGUGCUCAGGUGCUUGCAUCAUGUAUGGUGUUAAAAGAGUGGUUCUUGGAGAAAAUGAUAACUUCUUUGGUGCAGAGGAGUUAUUAAGGCAAAAGGGUAUUGAGGUUGUGAAUUUAAAGGACAAAGAUUGCAAAGAAUUAAUGAGUAAAUUUAUCAAAGAAAGACCAGAAGACUGGUAUGAAGAUAUUGGGGAAUAG